AUGUCGCAGCCCGUGAGCACUACUAGUACUCCAGCGAGCAAGAAGAUGCUGCGCGCUUCGUCGAACCGCAAAUUUUCUCCUUCGUCGACAGCAAGUCCUACUGCCGUGUCACCUCCAACGGCAAGUAGCAGCAAUGAUGGAUCUCUGACAGAAAUGGCCCCAGAAGAUUGGAAGGUUGUGGCAAAGCUUCCUGGCAACAAAAACUGCAUUGAUUGCAACGCCAAGUACCCACAAUGGGGUUCCGUCAAUUUUGGAAUUCUCUUUUGUACAAGAUGUUGUAGUGGACAUCGAUCUCUUGGGACACACAUUUCCCGCGUUCGAUCGAUUCACAUGGAUUCUUGGACGGAAAGCCAAGUCAAGUUGAUGAAAGUGGGUGGCAAUCAGCAGUGCGAAGACUGGUUUGCCAAGCACGGAAUGCGAAAAAAAGUCGGUCACAAAUCCAAAUACGACAACGAAACCGCCAAAUUGUAUUCCGAAAUUCUCCUGGCUCGCGCCGAAGGACGACGAGAACCCACAUCGUUGAAAGAUGCGGAGCGAUUGAACAAGUGGAACAAACCCAUUGAACUCUGGAACAGAUUCAUGAAGGAAGUUGAAGGAAGGAGACACAAGUCCCUCAUGCAACAAUUCCAGGCCAUUUCGUCCAGUUCCGAUUUCUGGUUGGUUCUCUAUAUUUGUGCCCUGGUGGGAUGGUCCUUUCUAGUUUUUAUUGCUUGGCAAUAUCAUCCAUGA